AUGGAAAAAGAAAACGAUUGCAUCCGUGCAUACUACAAAUUGAACAAAUUUUCCAUGACAUUACUCGGUCAUUGGCCUUACCAAUCUGAAAAUUCUGUAAAAAUCGUAACUUUUCUUUGGAUAUUUCAGCACCUCAGCAUUCUACUACCCGAACUAAUAAAGUUCGUGGAGAUUCGAAAUAACGUCGAUUAUGUCAUUCUAGCUUUCUCUCCGAUUAUAUACAAUAUAGUUGUUGGUAUAAAAUUUGUAAAUGGUUCUCUCAAUAGGCAUAAGAUAAAAAUAACAUUAGAUACGAUUCAGAGCGAUUGGAAGAGUCUACGUACUGAAGAAGAAGCGCGAAUUUUAGCGAACUACUCUUCGUUUGGAAAACUAUGUACUGUUGGAUGGGCCUGGAUAUGCACCACCACGAUAAUCUGCUACUUGUUGUUUCCCUUCACACCAUUCGUUCUGGAUCUAAUAAGACCAUUGAACGAAACGAGACCCAGGCAACUAAUUUAUAUGGUGGAGUUUUUCAUCGACGAGGAUAAAUAUUUUUACGAAAUUCAAAUUCACUCGUACGCAACGACUCUCAUUGGAUUCAUACCCCUCAUUUCCAUAGAUACCUUUUACGCCGCCAGUGUGCAACACGCUUGUGGGAUGUUCGCUAUCCUCGGACAUCGCCUCAGAAGGAUUAACGGUGCGAUGAGCAAGUCGAAAAAAAGAUCGGACGAGGAUGCCUACCGAGAAAUAGUUUCUUGCGCGAUUCAGCACGACAAGAUACUUCAAUACUGCGAUAAUCUCAACGACACGUACACCGACUCCUUCUUCUACAUCAUGGGCUGCAACAUGAUUAGCCUGAGUUUCUGCGGAGUUUUGCUCAUACUGAUGUGGGGUCGUAUCUACGACAUGUUGAGAAACGGGAUAUUCACGUUCGCGCAAAUAUUUCAUCUCUUCUAUUACAGUUUUCAGGGGCAGGUUUUGUCGGAUCGAAGCCUCAUGAUAAGCGAUUGCGUAUACGAUUCCGAGUGGUACACGGCGUCGCUGAGAACCAGGAAAAUCAUGACGAUGGUAUCCAUGCGCAGCUUGAAGCCUUUCCUGCUCACAGCAAAAGUUUAUGUCAUGUCAUUGCCAAAUUUUACACUGGUAAUAAAAACAUCCAUGUCGUACUUUACGGUUCUAAAAUCUUCUCGAUGA